CGAGAAAUUGUGCCGUGCUUGACGAAACGUGCCUAGCCAAGUUUUCGCAUUUAUUUGCAACAAAUCCGCAUCAUCGGCUCCGAAAAGCUAUCACCACGCUAACGUAAAACAUGGCCGACGAAAAGAAGGAUAACAAAGGAGGCGAGUCGGAGCACAUCAAUCUGAAGGUGCUCGGGCAGGACAACGCCGUGGUGCAGUUCAAGAUAAAAAAACAUACGCCGCUGCGAAAACUGAUGAACGCCUACUGCGACCGGGCAGGCCUGUCGAUGCAGGUCGUGCGCUUCCGCUUUGAUGGCCAGCCUAUCAACGAGAACGACACGCCGACGACGCUGGAGAUGGAGGAAGGGGACACCAUCGAGGUUUACCAGCAGCAGACCGGCGGAGCAUUCCUGGAUGGCGUUACUUUGUAAAUUAGUGUUAGGUUACCUAUCUCUUCUCCUGCUCCUGCACCCUGCGCACCCUUCGUGCCGUCGUAGAACAAGAAAACCAUUCGUGCACAAGAUGGCAGGAUUUUCUUUGGCGAUGAAGGAGACGUUUGAUUUUUUAAGAGACAACCGUAAAAUAAGCCUUCCUGCAAAUCCUGGCGUUCUUUGCGAGCAACGCGACAAAAAUGAGAAUAUUGAAAUAAACGCACCUUUAGGUUGAAAUAUACCCCCUAACCCCACAACCCUGGAAAUCGUCCUGUAAAUCCACCAUAAACGAGCAGCAAAUAAACUGAAGUAAUCUCAGAAAG